GGGCUGUUUAGGAUGCUGUUUCUUCCAACAUAUAAUUUGUUCUUUCGUCACUUUCGGGUCUCCGGUUAAUGGACAUGUCGGUUCUUGUGCUGUUAUUUUCGUCGCGCAAUCCUUGAAUGUUCCUGCCAUCCUUUACGGGCAUCAGCGCUAGAUAUCCAAAUACAAAAAUUAUUGUAUUGGUUUAUUCAUAUUCAAAAUUUAGACAUUUGACCUAAUUAUUCGACAUAUCUGUCUGAUUUCGACAAACUAGAGAAUUUGUGAAAAAAUUUUCGUUAGUGGUCCAAAUGGCUGUCAAAUGUCGACUUUCCAAUACAAACAUUACCAAAGCUACUGUAAUUUCAUCAAGCAAUGCCUUUACCUGAAAUCGAGGAAAUUCUCCAAAGAUUUAGAACGAAAGAGGAAAAAGUUGAAACGCUAUUGAAAGAAAAGUCUGGAUCUUUGGAUAAGUCAAAGGAAAACCAAAAGGAGAAAAUAUUUUUAAGCUGUGAGGAUGUUAAAAAACGAAACCGAAACUUGAUGAAGGAUUUUGAAGCAGUAAAAGGCAGGCUUCGUUCUAAAGCAAUAUUCUGUCCUGCAGAAGUCCAAUGGGAAAAUGCCUGUAGAGAAUACCAGACAAACCCUUCUUUACCUAUCACUACAUGGAAAUGUCAACUACCAGUUUUCGUCUAAUUCGAAAUAAACUUAUAAAUUCUUUAAAAAAAUAAUGAAUUUAUUCUACUCACAGCACUUACAUAUAUACAUAUGAAUUAAUCUACACGAAAGAAUAAAUCAAUAAAUGGAAUAAAACUCCA